AUGUCUGAACAGGGCCGACGGGUUGCCCGUGGCAAAGCCUUAACGAGUUCCGCCGGUUGCCACCAGUCAAAUAUCAACAUUUUCCAGAGUCUCCGUGUGUCUCCCAAGAGGAUGCCCGUGUCUCAAAGAACAGCCGGCCUGGAGGGUGCCCGUGGCUGGGCCUUAACGAGGUCUCCGGCAAACGAGGUCUCCAGCAAACGAGGUCUCCAGCAAAAGAGGUCUCUGGGCCUUGAACGAGGAUCCGAUGCUAGCUUGACUACCUGUGUUACCGGUUCACUACCGCCUCGCCGCAUCUCGCACGAUGCGAUCCCAAACCGUAUGCAAGCUCAGGGGUGUCCUACCUUCUUUUAG